AUGCUAGCAACACCGUCUCAAAAUCACGACACAACUCUCACGAACGCAUCACAAGACCUCCGGUCCAAAGGAUCCAGAUCACUCACCACAAUCUCACCCGGACCCACCACGAUCUCCACCUCUCCGGACCCAUCCGCCGCGAACACGAACCUCGACACGAAGCACAACUCCACAAUCGACUCCAUUCGCCUCCGAAACCUCGCCCACUCCCCUCUCCUCCGCCUCCCCCGCGAGCUCCGCGACAUAAUAACAUCCUACACCCUCACUACCUCUCCACCACCCCACCACUCCUCCCUCAGCAUUACCUCCGCCCCCACAAAACCAACUCUUCCACCUCUUUUACAAACCUGCUCCCUCCUCCGUCCCGAAUGCGCAGAAAUCUACUAUUCCACGAAACUUCUCCUCGCAGGUGGAGCGCCGAGUCCGAAGUAUGAAUUGGGANNNNGGGGCAUAAGAAGUUUUUGAGGAGGUGUCAUUGGUUGUGGGAUGCGUAUGGGACGAGGGAGCAGGCUAUGAGGAGGGCGGGGGAGUUGGAUCGUUUGACGGGGACAAGGGCGGGGGUGUGGACGGUGGGGUUUAUUGAUGUUUUUGAUUUUGAGGGACGGGAUGUGGGGAGGUUGGG